ACUCAUCGGGGGGUGACCAAGGAAUUUGAGAUGACAGGAGAAAACCACAAAUUCGAUAGGAUAAUGUUUUGACAUAGGCCUCCUGUUCACAUAUUGAGUAAGUUUGUCGUUGUUUUCCGAAGCCUCACUUUUGCAUCAACGCUAUCCAGCACAAAGUUGCUUGGAAAGGCAUGCGUUUUUUUGUCAGCCGAAAGAAUGACUACAUUCAAAGCAAGUCCGUCACCGCCUGUUCUACCAAAGCCGGAGGGAGGGCGGAUAAAGGCAAAUCAUACUGUCAUACCUACUACUGGGAAAGAUGAUAAAGUGGCAGAACUGCCGGUGCUGAGAGAGAAAGGGACCGAUCGGUCCAAGAUGCAGCUUGUCCCACUGCAGAAUGAUUAUAUCCCAGAUGAACUCAUGGACACUCUUACUUCAACCAUCUAUCCCCCAAACAGACUGGGAUCCUCAAAGCGAAGCAAGACCCCCCCGAAAAAGAUCCAUGGAAUACGACACACAGAUGCGGUUUGGCAUCAUGCUGUUGGCCGUAAAAAAUACAAAUAUUUUCUUGACCAACCAACAUCGUUGACUGGAGCUGGCAGAGAUAUCUCCUUCCUGUGUGACGCCAUGGCAACCCAGAGAGAGAGGAUCCCCCUGCCACCCAUGGCUGAGAGGAACUCCACUAAUACACAGGGGAUUCAGAAGGACUUGAAGCACAUGGAGACUCUGAUCCCAGAAGAGUUUCACAUUGUGAAAAACAAAGGGGUUCAGGCCCUGGAAUGCUUUGACGAUAAAUUCACAGUACUGCUGGAGGACGAUAAAAAGAUGCUUAAAGUCUUCCCAUCCAUGAAGCCCAGUGGUAGGCUGGAGGCUGUCCAACUGAUGAAGGUGAUGGAUGAGAUGAUGGACCGAGCAGGGGUCAACCAGGAGUACAGUGAACUGACUGGACUCUCACAGAUGCAAGGCCUGCUGGAGCUGGUGCGAGUGGAGCAGAACAUCUACAACAUCGUGUUCCACGAGCUGAUCCGACAGGUCAGUGUGGAGUGUGCAGAGAGAGGACAUCUCCUCGCCAAACUCAGAGAGAGGUAUGUGGCCCUGUUGGAUCGUAUCCCCCGGCAACUGAAGGGCCUCCACACGGAGACCCUGGCCCAGAGAGCGCUGGACCGACGUCUCACCGAGGAGAUCAUCUGCUUCAAGGGCUCCCUGACCCAGCUUAACAAAGAGCUGUGCAGCAUGAGGGAGCAUGAUGAGUAUGUGACCAAUCAGGGAGCGAGGGCACAGCAGCAGCUCGCCAAAGCUCUGGAACAAUCUCAGAAGAACUCAGACAUGGUAGGGGAAUACCACAACCUGUACGAGAUGCAGAGGCACCGGUUAGAGAGCCAGGUGGACCGGCUGACCGACGAGAAAGACCUCUGGAGCAAGGUCACCUACAACCUGGCUCUCAAGGUGAUCAAGGUGAACAAUCUGCACCUGGCCAACAAGCUCCACGUGAGCGAGCAGACCUGGACCAAGACGGCCGAGCACUUCACAGUCUUCCUCAUGUCGAAGGACUCUGAGGACAUGAACCACAUCAUUCAGCUGACAGAGCAGUGGAAGGAGCUCAUGACUGGCUUCGUGCAGCGUCUGAGCGAGGCCGAGUUCAGGCAGUGUGAGAAGAUCCAGGAAGUCCAGGCCGACAUCGUCACGUGUCACGCCUGCUUGAGCACCAACGUCAAGAUUCCAGAUCCCAAAUUAGAGAAAUCCUUCGAAGAAGAAAUAUAUGAUAACUUGAAAAAGUGGUCCAACGAGUUCAGCGUGCAGUGCGAGCGCUAUGGGGGCGAGGAGCUCAUCUCCUGCCAGGAGAACCUCACCCUGCUGGCCCAGCUGCAGGACUCCUGGGGGGAGGUGGGCCUGGAGCUCUUCAGGAGACAUCCAGCCCCGGACGGAGCACCCCCUAGGGGCCAGGAGGCCAUGAGGGAGCUGGCCAGCAAUGUGUCUGAGCUGCACAAACAGCUCGACACACGCAUUAACGGGGAGAGCGGCAUCCACAAGCAACUGAUGGCCCUGGCCGGGGUGAUGGACUCGUGGGCCACCAAGCUGAAGGUCCUGAUUGGACGUGCGGAGGUGCUGCCUCACUGUGAUUGUUUGAAGCUAGAGAAGGAGCUGGAGAGCUGGAUGAAGGUGGGAGAGGAGGCUCUGGUGUUAGUGGCAAGCACCCAGCCAGACAGCGGGGGGAACAAGAAGAAAGCACACAUCAAGAUAGAGAUUGAUGACGUGUUCAACUCCAUUCGAGAGUUUGUCUCCACCCAGUCCAACUUCUUUGACUGUGAGAACCAGAGGCUUUGUGAGGAGGUGAGCUCGAUCCACACGGCUCUGACUCGCUGGAUGGUGGACCUACUGCUCCAGAUGGUUCCGGACCAGUGUGACGAACAGGAGCCCCUGCCGGUGACGGGCCCUGGGCCCCAGGCCCUCAAGGAGGCCUCCAUGAAGCAGCUGGAGGAGGACGCCAGGAGCCUGGCGCAGGAGCUCCUCUACUUCUCUAAGUACAUGACCAGCUCCUGCCAGGAUAUCGUGGAGGAGGACAUCCAGAAGAGGACCAUGGCUCACGACGACACCGACAACGAGCUGUACGAACUCAACAAGCUGCAGAGGGAGUGUGACGAGUGGAAGGACGCCUGUAAGAUCCUGCUGUCGGAUGUCAAAGGCAGCCCCGUGGACCUGCGUGUCACCUCAAACCUGGUCCCCACGUCCGCCACUGAUAUACUUCCUACCCCGUCAGUCAGCGUGGAGUCUAAUGUCCACAGACCUGAGGAAGACGAGGAAGACUCUGGAAGGUCACAGGUGGAAGAGACCAGUCGCCUAGCUGAUGUAAACAACCCUGAGGGGGAGUCAGAGAGCCAAGAAGAGGCCGUGCAGGAAGGCAGCCAGGGAGGCUGCAUCAUGAAGCUGAUAGGACACGAUGGCUACGUCAUCGAACAAACCCUGGGAGAGGACAGGGUCCAUCUGGGGCAGACUGAGGAGAUGGUCAUCAGUCCGCACACGGUGAACGCUCACCGGGCUUUCGACGCCCUGGCCACGGUGGGACUCCUGCAGACGCAGCUGCUGGAGAUGGAGGCGCGUGCCCAGGGGGCUGAGGAGCGGGCUCAGAAGGCAGAGGAGGAUCUCCAGGCUGCUCUGGAGAAGAUCCAGGACAUGGAGAGACAGCUGCAGGGCAGGCCCAGCUUGGAGCCCAAAGUGAGUAAGAAACCUGUGGCUGUCACAUCCCAAAAGAUGGAGUCCCCUCCUGCUCCCAAACCAGCCAGUCAGAAGCCCGAACACAGCCCUAAACCCUCCAGGCCCAGGAAACGCUGAUCCCAGACCAGCAUUCAUAGUGUUAGUGUGAUACACGACUUGACUAAACCUCUGAUGAGUUAGUAUUUGAAGUGUUGAAUUUUUAAAAGGUCUGACCAUAUGACUAUUUAUUUAAGUGCCUCUUCUUGUUCUGUUUUUCGUUAGGCCUUUGUUGCAUUUGUCAUGUCAUUGAAAUAGUUGAGUGUAGUUGGAGUCAAUAGUUGGAGUGGCGUGAACUAUUAUCUUAUGUUGAUUUGUGGAACAUCCGAUUAUGAUCGGGUGAUUUUGCAGCAUAUCAUGACAAUAAUACAAACAAAAUAACAACUGAUUUAUUUUGAUGUAAAAAUUUAAACUGUCACAUGG